ACUACUUAAACUUAGAAUAAACAGUUCCGGGUUUUUCUAAAUUGAAACGCAUAUGUAAAAAUGAUGUUUGGUCUUGUUAUUAUGUUGUUGGCGAGCUAGCGUUAUCAGUAUACUGCUAAAACUUCGUUAAACGAUACGUUAUAGUUGGUUCAUGCCUCCUGUCUCCCACCCACAUCCUAACAGAAUUAUUGUGCGUUUGUCGGUUUUCGCUAGAAAGCUAAUCUGUCAUCCGGAUUUGCUCAACAUUACAGCACAAUAGCAAAUGACAGUAACUGACAUCAUCAAAAUGUUCUAAAUACCUUGUCGCCUUUCCUCCUGAUGCUGAGAGGUUUGUGUGGUCACACAACUGCCUCAACUACAGCUGUAUUGCUGUGAAGAUUGUCUCUGCUCCGGCUUCCUGAUUAAGUGAAACUGUGUCAACAACAUAUAUAUUCUCAGAAACUGCAGUCAGACACAGAAAUCAAGAUGUCCAUCACCAACACACCUACCAGCAAUGAUGCCUGUCUGAGCAUUGUGCACAGCCUGAUGUGUCACAGACAGGGUGGUGAGAGCGAGACGUUUGCCAAGCGGGCCAUCGAGAGCCUGGUGAAAAAGCUAAAGGAGAAAAAAGACGAGCUUGACUCCCUCAUCACAGCUAUCACCACCAAUGGGGCCCAUCCCAGCAAGUGUGUGACCAUUCAGAGGACACUGGAUGGACGGCUGCAGGUGGCUGGACGUAAAGGGUUCCCUCAUGUAAUCUACGCCCGGCUGUGGCGGUGGCCUGACCUGCAUAAGAAUGAACUGAAGCACGUCAAAUACUGCCAGUUUGCCUUUGACCUCAAGUGUGACAAUGUGUGUGUCAACCCCUAUCACUAUGAGAGAGUGGUGUCGCCUGGCAUAGACUUAUCAGGACUGACACUGACCAGUUCUGGGCCUAGCUCUGCACAGAUGGUUAAGGAUGAGUACGAUUUUGAUGGACCUCAGAGUAUGCCCUCAAUUGAGGGAGGGCAUUCCAUCCAGACCAUCCAACACCCCCCAUCUGCCGGCCGCCCAACCCCCUCUGAACCGUUUGCAACCCCAAACCUGCUCCCAUCUGCUGAGGCCUCCACCUCUGCCUCAACAUCAUCCUUCCCUGCCAUUGCUGCUGGAUCCGGCAGUGCCAGCUCAACAUGGUCUAGGAACAACAGUUUCACCCCCAACAUACCCCACCACACCAAUGGCCAUCUACAGCACCACCCUCCUAUGCCACAUCCAACACACUACUGGCCAGUCCAUAAUGAGCUCGCCUUUCAGCCUCCUAUAUCUAAUCAUCCAGCUCCUGACUACUGGUGCUCCAUUGCUUAUUUUGAGAUGGACGUUCAAGUCGGGGAGACGUUUAAGGUGCCCUCUUCUUGCCCCAUCGUGACAGUGGACGGCUAUGUGGACCCCUCAGGAGGAGACCGGUUCUGUUUGGGUCAGCUCAGCAAUGUACAUCGCACUGAGGCUAUUGAGAGAGCAAGGCUUCACAUUGGCAAAGGGGUUCAGCUGGAGUGUAAAGGGGAAGGAGAUGUGUGGGUGCGUUGCCUCAGUGACCACGCAGUGUUUGUUCAGAGUUAUUACCUGGACAGAGAGGCGGGCCGAGCCCCUGGAGACGCUGUUCACAAAAUCUACCCCAGCGCUUACAUCAAGGUGUUUGACCUCCGUCAGUGCCACAGACAGAUGCAACAGCAGGCUGCUACGGCUCAAGCAGCAGCUGCAGCCCAAGCUGCCGCUGUGGCCGGAAAUAUACCUGGACCUGGAUCAGUUGGAGGAAUAGCUCCAGCUAUUAGUCUGUCAGCAGCAGCCGGUAUCGGGGUAGACGACCUCCGGAGGCUGUGUAUUCUCAGGAUGAGUUUUGUUAAGGGCUGGGGGCCCGACUACCCCCGCCAGAGCAUCAAGGAGACCCCUUGCUGGAUCGAGAUCCACCUGCACAGAGCUCUACAGUUACUGGACGAGGUUCUGCACACUAUGCCUAUAGCAGACCCACAACCUCUGGACUGAGAUCUUUACAACUGCAGCAUCACACUGCAACAUACAGUGGCAGUGGAAAGUCUUCCUCAGUGAACUGUUUGGGUGGAGAAGCCGGUGAAACAGCUGCAGCACUGAAGCUGUCCCACAUGAAAAAAAUACUUUCAGGUGUGUUUGAGGCACCUUUGUGCACUGUGGCCCCUACUUUUGCUUUUUUUUUUUUUAAGCAAGAGUGACACUAAAAUGAGCCAAAGCCAUGUAUUGAAGAUAUCUUUAUCUCUAUUUUUGAUAGAUGGCUUUGAUUUGUGAUGACUGGAAUGAUAAACUGUAGGACUAGAAAAAGACGUCACAGAUAACUACAGUUACAAAGCACCACAACAUGCAUAUAGAUCACCUGCAGAUCCCAUUUAAACUGGAAUGUACAGCGACUACUUAAGAGUCCACAACCACCAACUACUGGCAGACAUUAGAUUGACUGAACAAUGAAAGAACAUCUGAGCGCUGUACAGCUGUGGGAUGAGAUGACUCACAUAUCCAGUGUCUGGGCACCCGAGUACUGCUGAAAAUUGUCAUUUUCCAUUCGAGCUGUUACAGACUGCUUCUCACCUGGGCUAACAAGCAAGAUCAGUCAACUGUCAGGCCGAAUAGAAAAGCAGCAGCACUCACGCGAUCACUGCUCAACGUCACGCUGGUCGCUGCCUCUCGGAUGCUGGACACAGUCGAAGACCACCCAGCUUGGAUCAGGGCAUGCUAGACCUUCACAGCCAUCCACGAAUAUCACAGAGAAGAAAUGACAAGCACCGUGCCUAAAGCCGACACAACCUCUGAACUGAAACAAGGUCAAGUCUGUGGACUCUUCUAGGUCAGGUAUCGUCGAACUACGGGUUUAGACCUUAGUAUCUGGUAGUGGGCCUGGUGGGUGUCCAAUGACAAAUCAUUGUUCCCCCUAUGAAUUAAACAAGAUUUUGGAGCAAAUGAAGAGCCCCCAGUUGAGGUUUUGGACCAGAGAAUAUCCUUGUGUGGCAUCAUGACAUGCAAAGUUGAAUAGCCCAUUGAUGAUACAAUGUACUGCUUUUUACUGACUUACUGUGAUUAUGUCAUGUAUUCACUGUCAUGUAUUCACUCACUCACUCAAAAAUAGUGAUGACAAGAUGCUCAUUGAAGUGUGAUCAUUCAUCAUUGGUCACUUUCCACCAUGGUCGCCUCCCACCUGUUUCAGGUACAGUUACGGUUUUGGAAAACGCCCUCUUUUAUGCUGCCACAAAGGCUGAAUCUCACACACCCGCGAACUCCUCGCCUUUUCUCACUUUCACGCAGAGAGCUAAAAAAGAAAAACAGCUGGCGUGCUUUUGGUUCAGUAAGAUUGAAGUAAGAUGGAGAGCAGAGGCAGACAGUUGGUCUUGGAUGUCUUAAUUUAAUCACAGUACACGGACCAGGGUUUAUCAAUGUUUUGGCAAACCAGAGUACUAAUUACUCAGAAGCAUACUGUAACUCUAGUGUGAUCACGAGAGUGAGAAGGCCAGUCAGCUGCUGGACUCUGUCCCAGUUACGUUAAUUUGGAAGUUUCUUUAAUUAAAUUUCAAAGGUGAUUAUGUUUAUUUGUAUUCAUUUGAAUGAAUAUUGAUUUUUAUCUCCAAGCAUACCUGACAAACUCUCCAACCUAGUUGAGAAUCAUUGUACUUACUUCUGACUUGCAGCCCACUAAUAUACUACUUGAUCCAGGUCUGUUGUGUAUAGUUUACUGACAAAGAUAUGAGAAUUUAGGACCGUUCCCCAGCAAUAUAGAUAUAUUUUCUUGGUUUUAUUUUUGUUACUUUUAUUAAUGGAUUUGUUUUAUAUUUUUAGCACUUUACUUUUUUUCUUGUUUUUAAUUCAAUAACCUUAAUUUUGAGGUGGUUGUGAAAGGGAGUGACUAGGUUGGUUGAUUUUUUUUUGUUUUUGUAGGGUUGUGAGCAGAGGCAACUUUGUGAUGCAUUUGUGUUAAAAACACUAAGACAUCUUUUUAAAAUGUUUUGCCCUUUCAAUCUACAAAGGCAUAUACACAUUUGUAGGUUGUUUUUUGCUGUUCUGAGUUGGUCUUUUUUGAUUUGCAGUUUUUCUUUCGUUUUUAAUUCAUGUAAAUAACUUGUUUUUGAAAUGCAUGUCAAUGUUUGCAUGAAUCUUAAUGGCAAAUAGACCCCUUUAUCACUACCCUCUUUUUUAAAAUACUAAGUAGUUCACUUGUCCUGCAUUACACAGGGAUACUGGUAUCUGAGGGGAGUAGAAACCAGCACCUGCUGUAUACUGGUGUGGUGUGUUGCUGGUUUAUGAGAACAGCAUUAGGUAAACAGAGGGAAGCUACAUAGUCCUAACUGAUGGAAAUGAUCCAAUUUAGUCAUAUAACUCACUUUUUAGCAGCCAAGCUCCUUAUGAAGGCAAAUUGUCUCCUGAGACCUAAUUUGUAUACAGUAACUCCGUCACUUAUUAGUGUGCAGCCUCUCUUUGAAAGUAAAAUGAGUACAAGCAUGAUCAUUUCUCUUGCAUGUGUUGAAACAGGUGAAGGUAGAUUUGACGCACAAAAAUAAGAUUUUAACACGAGUCCCCCUGUCUCCGCUGCCCCCGCGCUGCAUGCGAUACAUUUGUCAUAGAUCACACACAUCGAUUAGGAAUACACAUUUAAUUUACUCUCCUCAUGUUCAUGCUUAUUUUCCACAUGUCAUACAGUAUCAUCUUUCUGGUCAUCUGUAUAUGGAAAGACCUCUUUUAAAAAAUGUGUUUUUUUCCCUAAACAAAUAUGUUUUGGACAGUGCUGACUUGGUGGGUUACAGAUGAAAUGAAAAAAGACAAAUUGGAUUUCUUCAAGGUUUAGUUGAAACUUGGGAUCCAUUUGUCACAGGAAAUUAUCCAUUUUCUUAUCCAAUUGAUUAAGCAGAACUAAGCAGUGGGUUGCUUUCUCUUCCCUCUUUGAUUAUUUCACUAUAAUUUAAAAAAAGCAUCGUUCAAAGAAGUUGUCCUACAUCUGAGCUUAAGAGUCAAAUUUAUUCACUUAAUUAUGCAUCCGAUCGAUGAAACUGAAAGACCUGUCUGGAGAAUGAAUCGGUUAUGUUCUCGGUUGUGCUUUAAGGUGGACAUGUUUCUUUUUUAUAUUACUUGCAGUUAUUAUAGGAGACUAAAGACAGCUAAAAUAAGUAUGUUGACUACUAUGACAGAUUGCAGAUAUAUACAUUUUACCUGUAUUUCUUAUGAGUCUUCAAUUAAACAUGGCCUGAUAUUCUCUAA